CCCCGCCCCGCGGCAGCGGUACACCCCGAGCCUGCUGGACCACCCCUCUGGUGUCCCUAUGGAAGCAGCUGUUUCUAUCUGAGAUUAGGACCGUAUGCAGAAGUUGAGGAGGGGGAUGGCUUGUCCUAUUCAUGAAGCCUGCAUACUUCUAUUGCUAAUACUUGGGUUGGUCACCCCAGCUGCCAUCAAUCAUGAAGACUACCCUGCUGAUGAAGGCGACCAGACUUCAAGUAAUGACAAUCUGAUCUUUGAUGACUAUCGAGGGAAAGGCUGUGUGGAUGACAGUGGCUUUGUAUACAAACUGGGAGAACGUUUUUUCCCAGGGCAUUCCAACUGUCCUUGUGUCUGUACUGAGGAUGGACCUGUUUGUGAUCAACCAGAAUGCCCUAAAAUCCACCCAAAGUGUACUAAAGUAGAACACAAUGGAUGCUGCCCAGAGUGCAAAGAAGUGAAAAACUUUUGUGAAUAUCAUGGGAAAAAUUACAAAAUCUUGGAGGAAUUUAAGCCCUCUCCAUGUGAAUGGUGUCGCUGUGAGCCCAGCAAUGAAGUUCACUGUGUUGUAGCAGACUGCGCAGUUCCUGAGUGUGUCAACCCAGUCUAUGAACCAGAACAGUGUUGUCCUGUCUGCAAAAAUG